AAAUGACUCUCAGCCCCACAGUGCAGGGGAUUGGAAAGCAGGAAAAUAGUGGUGCGAGUUCUCCACGCACACACCGUACAGCUCCUGCCAAGUGAACCUUCCACCUCCCAGAAGUGUGCAGAUUAAAACGGGUGUUAUCCAAAGUCUGCUACGUAGCUAAAAAUGUUUCUAUACACUCGAUUUUACUUCUACAGUGCUGGUCUUCAUUCAUUCCGCCGUUUCGAAUCUUGAUUAAAUAUGCCGUUUGGAUGAAUUUAUAAACUCCACAUUACACCUGACUGAAUUGAAAGAGAAACAAAGGCCCCUGAAAAAUCUUUGGAAGCCUCUAUAAAUAUAUCCAGUGGAUAAACAGCUAACGGACAUUGAUCCCAACAGAACUAAUUGACUGUGUCAAGCCAUUAAAUUCCGUCCGGAAGUUGAAGCAUCAUCCUUUGAUAAAGCGAGUGUGCAUAUAAUAAGAGGAUGGCCUUUCAAUUCAACUUUAGUAUAGAAGAGGAUGUAGAAAAUAAAUUAACACCCCUUGGAGAUGGAACUUUGACCCUGGAUUCAUCAAAAGAACCACCGGUCUCAAAAAGUCAAAAUGGAAAGCAGGACAGAAAAUGUUCUGCAGAACCAUCAAACAUGCUUCCCGAUGGCUUCUGGGAAUCCUCAAUGGGAAAUGCAGCUUCCUCUGAAGACACCGACAAUGCAGCUGAUCGGUCAGGUGACCGGGAAGCGUGUGAAAAACAGCCCUUCUUGAGAGUUGCUAAAGAACAUGUUAUGCCUAAAGAUUUAAAUAAAGUUUUAGAAAAUACGGUUACGGAAAUGUUGCCUGGUCCCCAUGUCAACAUAGCAGUAGUGAAAACUGUCUUGUUGAAAGAGAAAUUCCCUGGAGAAAACAUAGUUUCAAGAAGCUUUUCUUCUCAUUCUGAUCUGAUUCCAGGUGUCUAUGAAGGAGGCUUGAAAAUCUGGGAGUGUACCUUUGACCUCUUGACUUACUUCUCAAAGGCCAAAGUGAGAUUUGCUGGGCAAAAAGUGUUGGAUCUUGGGUGUGGAUCAGGAUUGCUUGGAAUAACUGCGUCCAAAGGAGGAGCUAUCGAAGUUCAUUUUCAAGAUUAUAACAGCCUGGUGAUCGAUGAAGUGACCUUACCUAACGUAGUGGCUAACUUCCCUUUGCAAGAUGAGGGCGGUGAUGUCAAUGAGCCAGAAGGGAAAAGACAAAGAAAGUUAAAAGCAGCCCGAGAAACAUGUAAAUGUCGCUUUUUCUCUGGGGAGUGGUCUGAGUUCUGUAAGCUUGUAUUAAGUGAAAAACUCUUUGCAAAAUAUGACCUCAUUCUCACCUCAGAAACCAUUUAUAAUCCAGAUUAUUACAGCACUUUGCAUGAAACGUUCCUCAGACUGUUGAGUAGGAAUGGCCGGGUGCUUCUGGCCAGCAAAGCACAUUAUUUUGGUGUUGGUGGUGGCGUUCAUCUCUUUCAGAAGUUUGUAGAAGAAAGGAAUGUAUUUGAAACUAAAACACUUGAAAUAAUUGAUGAGGGUCUCAAGAGGUUCCUACUUGAAAUUACUUUUAAGUAUCCCAGUUAAUAUAUAGUUGUCUAAAGGAAUAAACAGAGUAACCCAGAA